UUAAAAAAUUAUUUAUAACCACAUUAAAAGUUAAACACAUUAUCGUACAUUAAUCAACUUAAAGAUGCCGAAUAUAAAAUUGCAAUCGUCCGAUGGCGAAGUUUUUGAUGUAGAUGUAGAAAUUGCAAAAUGCUCUGUAACAAUCAAAACUAUGUUGGAGGAUUUGGGAAUGGACGAAGACGAGGAGGAGGUUGUACCCUUGCCCAAUGUUAACUCAGCUAUUCUGAAAAAGGUUAUUCAAUGGGCAACUUACCACAAAGAUGACCCACCACCACCCGAGGAUGACGAAAACAAAGAGAAAAGAACCGAUGAUAUCUCAUCCUGGGACGCUGAUUUCUUAAAAGUUGACCAAGGAACUUUGUUUGAACUAAUUUUAGCCGCCAACUACCUAGAUAUCAAAGGUCUCCUCGAUGUCACGUGCAAAACAGUUGCAAAUAUGAUCAAAGGAAAGACUCCUGAUGAAAUCCGCAAGACUUUCAAUAUCAAAAACGAUUUCUCUGCAGCUGAAGAAGACCAAGUGAGGAAGGAGAACGAAUGGUGCGAGGAGAAGUAGUGGUUUAAGCUAGUUUGUAAUUUGUUAAAAUCAUUAAGUGGUUUUAUGUUUCUUAAAUAAUUUUUAGAAUCUAUUUGAAUUUAUAGCAAUAGCACUAUGUUCAUGAAUUUAAAAUUGGUACUGUACAAUAUUUAAAUAUAACAAAACAAUAUUUAAAGAA